UUUUCCACAAAAAUCUUAAGGCUACAUCUAUAAGGUAUAUAUUUCUCUUCCCGUCUGUAAUCACUGACAAGGAAACCAUCUCAGAUCUUUGGGACUAUGGCUGAGAGGCAGGACUACAUGGAGGAUGGAAGCCCUCUUAUCAAGGCGGCUGAGUUGGGCAAGAUGCGUCUGGUUCGGCUGCUGGUGGAAGGUGGCGCCCAAGUCAACGAGCGUAAUCAACGGGGUGAGACGCCUCUCCUAGCCAUGUGCCGAGCACUGAGGACUGACCAGUCUGGAAACUCUACCUCUCUGAGGCUUAUUCGUUUUCUUCUCCAGCACCAUGCUGAUCCCAACGCUCAGGACAAGUCUGGGCGUACACCCCUCAUGUACGCUUGUAUGGAGCGUGCCGGAGCUGAGGUGGCUACAGCCCUGAUUUCUGCUGGAGCUGACCCUAGCAUCGAGGACUAUGUCGGAGGUUCUGCGCUGGUCUACAGCAUCAAUGCUCGUGACCAGGAUACUAUCCGCGUGCUCCUUGAUGCUUGCAGAGCUAAGGGGCAUGACAUCAUCAUCAUAUCCACAGAUCUCAGCACGGGUGGUGCCACUGUUAGCCGACGUUAUCUAAACGUGCCUCCAUCACCCGACACCUCGCCUGUCGCCUGCAUGUCCCCUUCCGAUAUCGAGCUCAAGACAGGCUCACCAAACUCUGAGACUGAAGGAGAGGGUAUCUUCAACUUCAGAGCUUCGGGGAGGAAGGGGAGCAGAGCAGCUUCUCCUCUGUUUCUAGAGCCGGAGGCAUCAGACCGGCAGCGGCUAAGUUCAGAACCCUGGCUAGCCAUCCACAACUUGGCACACCUCAGUCGCACCUAUGAAGAAAGGAUUACAAAGAGAGCUGUGAAGGAAGAAGAGGAUAAAGAGGUGAAGCACUGCAGCCAUAACUCCUUAGAUUGGCAAGUGGAUCAGAGUAGCUCCUCUAAAGCUGCUAACCUCAAACCCGGCAGAGCAUUUUGCAGAAACCACACAGAGAACUUUGCUCCACCAUCUCGAGCACAGCUACACAAUCGACGCAACACUCUACCUGCACUGCCAGGACAUAAUUUACUCCAGCUUCCCACCUUAUCACUCAAUCUCUCCAGUUCAGACACACACCUACAUGACCAGACCAGCACUAUAACACUACCACCAGUUCCUACCAAAAGGAACCUCCAGCAUUCUUCGAACAACACUAGCUCUUGCUCUCUAGCAGCUCCAACCGCUCACUGCGGAUUUAACACCAUAAGAAAAUGGAAACCACAGGAGCAGUUAAGUUUCAAGCCCCAGGUGUGUAAUACUACCUUCCUGCCUCCUCUCGCAGUCAGCUCCACUGCAAACAUAUCCACUCGCUCCUGUGGUGACGAGGCAAGUGCUGCUCCAAAAGCUGAACCGACCCAAGGCCAUAAGCAGGAAGGCGCAAGGGGCCGGAGGCCUCCACGUCGCCACUCCAUUCAGCUGGAGCAAAUGAGACAGGAAGGUGCUACUGAUGAGAUCCUUUUUGUCUUGUGA